AUGAAUCAGUGCUGGAGCAAUGAAGCUCAAAAAUUAUCCCGAAAUGUUGGCGAACAGUUCAAACAGGCUUUUGUUAACAAUGAACGUACCCAGUUCGAUGCAGAAGUAUUUCUAUCCUUGUUUGACCAAUAUCUUAGAGAACCCAGUACUAUUGAUUGGACUAGAAUGAAGCCAUUAAGUUCGAAAUUUCAAAGAAAUUAUGAAUCACUACCGCACUGUUCUGGAAAUGAGCUAGACAAGGUUGUGAAACAUCUGUCAGUUAUUAAGCUGAAUGGUGGCUUGGGAACAACAAUGGGUUGUGAUGGCCCCAAGUCACUAAUCGAAGUGCGUAAAGGGCUUACAUUUCUCGAUUUUGCCAUUGGUCAUGUACAGUACUUUAAUAAAAGGAACAACAGUUCAGUGCCAUUAGUUUUAAUGAAUAGUUUCAAUACUGAAAAAGCAGUCUGUGAAUAUUUGGCUGAUCGCAAGGUAAAUCUGAAAACAUUCCUACAGAGCAAAUGUCCAAGGAUUUUUGUGGAAAAUUCAAUGCCUGUCCCUUUCAAAUAUGGAAGUGAAAACGUUGAAGGGUGGUAUCCACCGGGUCACGGAAAUAUUUUCAAAUCGAUGCAAUUUACGGGUGUUUUGGAUGAGUUGCUCGCUCAGGGACGUGAUAUAUGUUUCAUCUCAAAUAUUGAUAAUACUGGUGCAACAAUUGAUUUGCGAAUUGCUAAGCUAAUGGUAGAGAGUGAUUUGGAAUAUAUUAUGGAAUGCACCGAAAAAACCAAAGUUGAUAGGAAGGGAGGCACUUUGAUUGAGAUAAAUGGAUAUAUCAUGCAUUUGGAAAUGCCACAAGUACCCAAAGAUCAUAUCAAUGACUUCUGCUCAACGGAUAUCUUCAAAAUCUUCAACACCAACAAUAUUUGGGUCAAUUUACGGGCUGUAAAAAAAAAACUUGCUGAAAUGAAAAUGGAAAUUAUUGUCAACAGAAAGAUUCUCAGUACGGGCGAAUUCGUCAUUCAAUUGGAAACGUCAGUAGGUGGUACCAUUCGAAAUUUCGACAAGGUGUUGAGUAUUCAAGUGCCCCGUUCUCGCUUCCUUCCUGUCAAGAAUACCCAGGACCUACUUGCUAUCAUGAGUGAUUUAUAUGAAGUCAGAGAAGAUUUUUCGCUGCAGUUUGUCAGAAAAGGCAAAGUUCCAGUCAUCGAGCUGUCGAAAUACUUCAGCAAGGUUUCCGAAUUUCAAAAACGGUUUCGUGAAAUUCCGCAAUUACGACAAUUAAAACGACUAAAAGUUGAGGGUGACGUGUAUUUCGGACAUCGUGUGGUGCUGAAAGACAACGUAGAAAUCGCUGCUGAUCAAGGACAACAACUGGAAGUAGCCGAAGGCGAAUGUUUGGAAAAUAUUAAAUUGAUACAGAAAGCACAUUAUGAGGUGCAGAGAAUACCACUGGACCAUUAG